AGCAGCGGCACGGUUUGUCCUGGUGACGCAGUUGGUUGCUAGGUGUGAAUGAACUGAUGCUUUCUCACAAUUAAGCUGCUCCUCAGUUUACAGGUCGACCACAACAAAGCAACAACUCGACCUUGUUUGCGCUGUCCCGGACCUUCGGAGCUAAAACAUGGCUCUUUGAACCCUUUACGUGUUUGGACCCGAACAGAAGUCGUGCUUUGCUUUCGCAACGCACCCAAGAGCUCUACAAAUUUCUCUGCAAUGAUGGAGUAAGUGAGACUCUACUGAGUCAAGUUUGUCUUUGUCGUGGUGGAGCUACUUGUCAGUGUACCUUAUGUGCCUGUCUGUGUUUACAGUUGCAGAGUGUUCCAUUUGUGUUGGCUGGUUACCUUGUUUUACAGACUUCCUUUACCUCUCAAAUGUGUUUGCAUGUCUUUGCCAGUUUUUGAAGCGUCUUCCUAGAUUUAGAUAGCCUAUGUUUAAGUUAUAUCUCAAUGGUGUGGAUGACUUUACAAAAGAUUAUUCAGAGAUGGUAUGACAGAGAUUUAUAAUGUAAAUGUAAAGCAUAUGCUCUGUAACUGUAGACGUAUUGGUCUGUCACUGUCAUUGUUAAGUUUCCAAUACUACAUUGUUGCCACCCAAUCUUCUAACCUGAUUAUGUGAUCAAGUAGAGGUAAUUGAUCUUUAAAGAGUUUAAGAUUAGGAACAGCUGAUCUGCAUUAAUCUGGAUUAAUGAUCAGAGUGACUCACUCAGUGUAACUCAGGUGCUUCUUGACAACAGUUUGGCCCUUGACAGCAUCACAAGGUCCUUUGGGUAUUUAGCUCUGAGGCAGGUAAAACCCAAAGGGUUCAGCUUCUGCUGCGUCUACUUCUCUAUCACAGUCUGUUCUUACUUUUUUUUUUUUUUUUUUGAAGUUGUACAUUGGUGUCACUUUUGAGGUAGUUUAGUGUCGAGCAGAGUUGGUAAGAUUGCGAAAAACACCAGAAGUCCUACAUUAUGUUCGAAGGGUUUCUUUUUUUUCCCAUUGUAGUAACGCCAUCGACAGACUCAGUCAUGUUGACAAAGUUCGUGAGAUAAGGGAGAAGCGGUAUCCCCAUUCUGUUUCCUAAAAAAGGCGCAUCUUUUCAGCAGCACAUCUCUGAUCCUUGUUUGUGUUUCCUCUCCAGGUUUCAUUAUGCUCACCCAGCCCUGCUCUCCGUGGCCCACCUGUCAGACCCUGCUUGCUCUCAGCAUAUGCUUGGACUUGGACUGAAUCAAAGCACCAGCAGACAAAAUGAUGGCAACAUCAGCUCCUGUUUGGAAGAGUCUUCGUGUCUGCCCGGCAGACCCCCUCGCUCUCUCUCACCCACAGGCUAACCACAGCCAAUCACAGGGGUGCAGGGGGGAGGUGUCAGAGGAGAGUCAGCACUUAAUUGGUGAGUUGCAGCGAGCAUGCUUUUUUAUAUUUUUCCCCAUUUCAGGUGGGCUCGGCACUGCAGCACAUUCGUCCUUCCUGAACAGUAAGUAAUAAACUAGCUUCGUAUGACAUAUCGAUAUGCUUCGACUUUAUUUUAAAAAACCUUGGUUUUCAUUCAGUGUUAUCGAUCGGAUUAUGAAGAUAACUAGCUGCCUGUGUUAGAUGAUUUUUUUUUUAAAUGUUGCAUGAUUUUUUUUUUGUUUGUCUCCGACAUUGUCUUCCAUGAAACAACUCGUAAUGAUUGCAUUUAUUUUCUUGUUCUUAUUUUUGUAGGUGAUGGUCUCACAGACUGGAUGACGGAAGAAGUGGAUUUCUCCUCAUACCUCCCAAACCCUCCUUCCCCUCCCUCCUCCACCAACGCCUCCCUUCCCCCUUCACCCCUUCACAAUGAUAUCCAGGUGCCCUCUGACUUGGAGGUCAUGACCUCUCUGCUGCAAGAGGAACUCGCCCAGCUGGAGGACUACUUCCUGUCUGAACCACUGCCAGAGAAAGGGCCCAGGCUAGGAAAAUGCGACAGGGGUCCACUGCCGGCGGGUCCCCAGCCGUUCGCUCAGCUGCCAUACGCAUCAUACUCAACAUCCAGCCAAUCGGAAUCCAGCCCACUUCUUGUUACCCUGGCAACCGGAGAACUGGACCUGCUGAGCAUCUGUGGCGGGCCCAUUGGGCGAUCGAAAAUUCCACGACACGCCCCAUACAGCUGCAAUCGCCCCAGUGGGUGUGGUAGGAAAAGAGUCCCUGACGGUGUGAGGUUCAGUGAAAGCUACGAUAACAGUUUGUUGAGUUCUAAAGGAAGUAACUCAGGUAACUCAGCGGUGACCCUCACAGGUAGCUACGGCUGUAUUGAGGAGGAGCAGCUGGUAGGAAAGAGCUAUUGUCUGGGUAGUGCAGUUGAGGUGAGACGAUGUGCUGUUCUACCAAAAGAAGAAAAAAACUGCUGCUUCAGUCAAGAUGUCAUUGGUGGUGCAAAGGUUGUUGGUGGUGGAUUUGGCUUUGGUGGAUCACUUGAUGUCCAACAUAAGAAGGAGGAUCUGUUGAUGUACAGCAUGAGAGAGGUCAGCGGAGGCAGCGCUAACAACGAGGUGCUGAAUAGUAUCAAGGCCAGUGUGGAGGUCACAAAAGCUAGCGUCUCUUGGAAAUCAGAGAGCGGUGAGGGUUGUUAUAUUCCAGCAACAGCACAGUCCGAGGCCUUUCACAGCUUUCUAGGCAACAUCAAUGAGCAGGUGAAGUCAGAGAGUCUGCAGAUAGGGCAGCAUGAUUUACACUGUAACUUCCUGGAGGAUCAGAGUCCAGAAUGUCUCUUAAUGGCGAGGGAAGGUCUGAACCUGGAGACUUCAGGGCAUAGACAGGCUUGCAGACUGAAGGAAGACCACUGUGCUGUGAAGUACGAAGUAGAACUUGUACCGGGUGAAGGUGGCGAGCGCAAACAAAAGAAGAGAGAUCAGAACAAAACUGCUGCUCAUAGGUACAUCAUGUAGUUUCUGCUUUAUAACAAAUAUCUUCUGAGAUGACUGCAGUCUGAGGAUCUUCAUUUCAUUUUUUAUUUUUUUUCAUGCAGGUAUCGCCAGCGAAAAAGGGCAGAGCUAGAUUCAUUGGAGGAACAAUUGCAUUGCCUUGAAGGGAGAAACCGGGAGCUUCGGGACAAGGCAGAGUCGGUAGAACGUGAAAUCCAGUACGUCAAAGACCUGCUGAUUGAAGUUUACAAGGCUCGCAGCCAAAGGCUCAAGCAGGACUCAACAGCCUAACACCAAACUCCUGCAAGUACAAACAAAGCAGGCGAACAGGGAAAAAUGUUUGUGUCUUUAUGAUUGUCCAAAAACUGAAUGUUACUCUUCUUGUUUCAUGACAGAUGGGGUAAAUGCAUGCUUGGCUAGAGUCAAUUAUUUUUUACUUUUAAAAUUACACUCCAACAAUCCAAUGCUUCCAUUGCUUUCGCAAUUCUGAUCACUUGAGCCUGCACUGUUAUUGCAAUGCUUUAAAUGACAAUCAUUUUCAAAACAACUCGCACUGCAUAAGUCUAUGAGUUUAAAUGGUGUUUUCCUGAAAAAUGAUAUAUAAUGUAUGAUGCAGGUUAAAUAUUCUUUAAAGCCUUACGUUGGAAUUGAUGUCAGCAAUAGCACUUAAGUUUGAAAAAAAAUUAUUUGAAUGCUGUAUUAUUCUGAUUAACUGGGAAAAUACAAUUUGUUUGUGUCAACACCUAAAAACAUCAUCAUCUUUUCAAAAACAUGUUUCAAACCACUAACUCUGGAUGCUAUUUGAAGCCCCCCUUGAAACAGCAAUAGUUAUUUCAAUUGCUGUGAAUUUUUUAAAUAAGGACGGUAGAAGCUGUAUUGACCUGCAACUGCUGAUGGAGUAGCCUAAAUACAGAAGAGCUUUAAUGUAGCAUUUUAUUAAUUUAACAUUGUAACAACAGACUUCAGGACAAUGCGUGCUUUAUUUUUUCAUUUUACUCUUUUUGCUGAAUGUCAAAAAUUUUUACCACUUUGUCAGAAACAUCACUUGGUCUGUGUUAUUUUUCCAUUUCCGACAAUUACAUUCUUUCAAUGCAACAUAUGUCUUUUCCUCAGCAGUGAUUGAUAUGGGCCAAAUUUGUUACCAGAAAGAGAACUAAUGUAUCGUUUGCACUGUUUUGAAAGUAGACACUGACAUUUUAUUGUAUUUUGUGGCAAAAUGCUUUUAUUUAAUUAACUAAUUUAUUUUAUUACCGGUACAUAUUGCAAAUAAUACAAUCUAUAUUGCAGCUCAGGAUAUGCAAUAUGCUCUCCAGUACGACAAAUUCAAGAGGAUGAUUUGAUGCAGGAAUAUCAAGAAUUACGUCCUUCAUUUUAUGUGGUCAAGAUUUCACUGAUGUGGGUUUUGCUGGUGUAAAAAAAGAUUUUCUUCUGUACAAAUAUUGUAACUAUAGUGGAGAUUUAGCAGCCUUCCUCUGCAUGUUUUUUCUCUCUCUUGGAAUAGAAAAUGUGGGGUUUCAGAAGAACUCGUGGAUUUUUCUCUAAACUGCUUAUUAAGGCAAUAAGUUUUCUAGGCCUCUGGCUGAUCUGCACUAAUUUAUAACAACUUUUGUAUGUUCAGGGAGUGGAGUGUGUUAGCCUUUUCUUUGUAGAAAUUUAACUAAAAAAAUCUCAUUAGGUUAUUCGUGAAGGCUUUUGCAGUGUUAGCUUUGGUGUAAGAGGAUAGCGUCUGAGUGAUUUAUUCUUGCUAAGCAAACAACCACUACUGUUACUGUUCAACAUGCCUAUGCCGAGGGUAGAUUUAUUUCUAUGCAUAUUUAUUUUGAGACAAUCUCGGAUCUGAGCGCUGGCUCACUGACUUUCAUUUAUGCUGUUUUCAGUUUCUUGGGAAGAAUGUCACAUUGUUUGACCCCCCUGCGAUGUACUAUCAGCUGCGAUUGUUCAAACCAAAAAUGUGAAGGUAAAGCACAUCACCACGCUUUGUAAUAUUCAGUUCAUUUUUCCGUACAUCCACAUUUCUUCUGUGUGAAGUUUACUUAUUUCCAUCAAGAAUAAAGUCCUCAAAUUAGUCCGUUGUGUGGUUUUGGUGUUUUCAAGGAGAAUUGGGGAAAGGGGACUCAAAAUUAUCUCUUUGAUAAAAUGAGAAAUAGGCCUAUUGCACUGUAGUCACAAGGAAAAAAACUUUAAAACAAGUUAUGGCUUUUGCUUUUUUUGAGGAAACAAAGUCAGAAAACUCUCGGCCUAAAGAGCGCUGACAUUUUCAUCUUCAUUACGCUUUUCGAUACGGGUCAAACUCACAUUUUCACGAAUGAAAUACUUCACUCUCACGACAGAGUACCUCUUAUUUAUUUCAUAUGAAGCUGUCGAAAGUGAAAGAAUCACCUUUCAAUAUUUUUUAAGAUUCAAGAGGAAAACAUUUCGAAAGAUACUGCCUACCUGAUCAAUAAAUCAAGGGAGGCCACAAUGACUACAUUACCGUAAAUAUCUUUAAGAUCCGCACAACCUUCAGGACCGUCAGGAAAAUUCAUCCUGCCUGAAAUGAUGAUUCCGCACACCUAGAAACGACCAACUUGUAGAAAAUGUCAGAAAAUGCUCGUUGCAUAAGUGCACAAUUUUUAAAAAAAAUAGUGUAACUUUUUUCCUAAAAUGGCGGUUGUGUGAUGUGCGACAACAACCUUUUACACAAUUAAAACAAAGUGUCACAAUUAAACUACGGCUACAUCGAUUUUUUUAAAUUACAAAAAACUGGUAAAAUGUAAUAAAAUACCAAAUAACUCGAUAGAAAAGUUGUUUUAUUUUAAAAUAAAUUACCGCUUCUUCAAAAAAAUCUUCCAUUAAGAAAACUUUUAUUUUUCAACAUUUUGACUGGAAAGUUUGAGGUUUACACUGCAAAUGCGAUUACUCGCUUGGUGUAAAGAAAAGGAAAGCGUUUUCAGGUGACAAAGUCUGCUCUUACUCCCGUUGAACAAGACUUUGUGACAGCUGUGCAAUGAGCUGCUCAUAGUCACACUGAGAGGAAGAAGAAGCAUGCUGUGAAGCCAGGCGGAGUUUUCUGCUGGCGUUCACGUCUACCAGGACCUGCAAUAGAGACAAAAGUGAUUUGAAAGUUACCUGUGUAAGUGUUUGGUGUACCAUUAUGUGCUCAGAGGUGUAACUAAAGAGGGACUUAUUUACUGAAUCACUUCAAAAUAUGCAAUAGAAUAAGGACAGUCUUUAUUUAUUUCAAAAAUAAAUAAAUGCGUUAAAUGGUCAAAACCAAAGACAGCUCCAGGGAUGAGUAAGCAAGCAAAUAAUGUGCGCUGUUUUAGUACUUUCAGAAACGUAAUACACUAUUGUAGCAGCACUGUGAUUUUAUAAUAAAGUAACAAAAAAGUUUUAUGUAACUCAGUCAUAAACAGACUUCUUGUAAUUGUGACUCUGCUCUCCACCUCAUCUCUUUACCUGAUGUGUUGCAUCCUGCUGGCUGUACAGAGACAGGGUUGCUAUGGCAGCUUGUCUCACUGUAUUGUUUGGAUCACUGCACGCCGCUUUCAGAAGUAAGUUUGUCACUUUCUCCUCCAACAACAGAGACACAGUCCCUUCAACAUGAAGCAGGUUUCCCAGUGCGGCACAGCAGUGACGACGUGUGAGGGCGUCAGGGUCAGAAAGAAGAGGCACCAAUAUGGCUGCUGUUCUUCUGGCUUCUUCUAGCCACCUGCUCAUUUCCUCCUC